AGGUGAGCAGGCGAACCGCGUGUAUGUGGGAAACCUCGAUUGGAAGGUGUCUUGGCAAGACCUGAAGGCCUCCAUGGGCAGCCAAUGAGGAGGUAGAGAAGGAGAAGAACAGGAAGUUUGAGCGGAGGGCGGUGCAGGAGGAGAAGCACCUGAAUCUGGAGCAGAGCCAACAGCAGCUGUGCUGCGGGGGGGCGCAGCGCGAAAGACCACAUGCGCACUGCUGGCGACGUAAUGUUCGCCGACAUCUUCCAGGACUUUCACGGGCGCUCCAAGGGCGCGGCCAUCGUGGAGUACAGGACGCCGGCCGAGGCGAGCAGGGCUGUGCAGACGCUCCACGACACGACGCUGGGGGAGCGCAUGAUCUUUGUCCGGGAGGAUCGCGAGGCGGUCAAGACCAAGGGCAAGGGCGGCGGAUUCAAGGGCGGCUUCAAGGGCGGCUUCAAGGGCGGCGGCAAGGGCGGCUAUGGCUACAAAGGCUACGGCAAAGACGCCGCGCCGCUUCGCGUCGGGCCCCGCGACAAGGGCCGGUUGGUCUACUGCGGUAACCUGCCCUUCCGCUGUUCGUGGCAGGAGAUAAAGGACGUGUUCAAGCAGUACGGGAAGGCCCCGCCGCGCAUCGCCGAGGGAGGCCCGGGACGACGCUGGGCCGCCCGCCAGGUUCGAGGGCACGAGGCACGACCAGGGUGGCAGCGGCCCCCCACAUCUGGGAUGCUGCAGCACGGGAAACAUGCCCUCGUGUCUUGGCACCGCGGUCCAGCGUCAUCAGCGUCGACAUCGCGCAGGACUUCGACGGAAGAUCCAAGGGCUAUGCUUCAGUCCUCAUGGAGAAGGAGGACGAGGCCGAGGCGGCGAUCGCCGCCCUGAACGAGCAGGACUUCCAGGGCCGCAACAUGAUGGUCCGCCUGGACAACUUCCUGUGACGGCUCGGGGAGGGGGCGAACUGCCGCUACCGCUUCGGCGCCGUGCUGCUGGAUCCCUGAGGGUUGAGCUCCCGCUUGGGCGCAGCGCACCUGCUUCUCUCUCGCCAGGGCGUCGACGCGCGCGCGGGCGACCGCGCAGCACGCGCCGCCCAGAGUGCGCUCGACGGGUGCCGCUCCCGCCUCCUCGGCGCGGCGCGCACACUCGUCACCCCGGCGAGUCGUGGGGCAGCGGGGCUGCACGCGAGCGGGAGCCUGGCGCCCUCGCCCGAGCCCCGUGCACGUCUCGCCGGGAGCUGGCGCUCCCGCGCGGGGGGCCACGCACGCUUCGCUUCGUUUGCCAAGCCGCAUGGAGCCGCAAGCGGCGAGAGCGGGCGACGCUCUGCCCUCGCCACAGCGGCGCGCCGCUUGCGCGUGCGAGACUUGCAGUGCUGCCUCGGCACGGCGCAUGCUUCAUCGUCGCCAGCUCAUCGGAGAUUUGGCCGCCCGGGAAGGAU